AUCUUGGCUUUUUUUUCCCGUCGUAGACCAACCCCUCUGGAUAUUGUGCGCAGGGUCGCAGAGGCGUGUUGUUGUUUUCAAAACGACGGAGGUGAUGACUGGCGGGACCGACUUUCACAAAACCUACAACAAUAACAAGGACUCUGAACCCAGAAUGGAUGUGGACAUGGAUUCUGGUCAUAUUGAAAAUGAGCGGGGUGAACUGGAUAGUAGUAUCCCGGCGGCGUGUUCCUCUAACGGCAGUGGCGGGGAAGAGGACGAAGCGGAGGCCGUUGGCCGUGCGAGAGACGCCGGGGGCUCGAGUAGUCAGCACACGCCGGACGGGGGUGGUGUGUUCUGCGGCAGCGGGAGGGAGCAGGAGGUUUCGGUCGAAAUUGGAGAGACGUAUUUAUGUCAGCGAGCUGACAAGACAUGGCGUGAGUGAUUACUAUGAUUUUUUCUGUUCCGGUUAGCUUGUUAAAUAAAGAUGCUUGGUGACCAAAAUAUUUUACACCAAACUCCUCUAUAACUGACUCAUUGUUGUAAUUGGGUUAACACCAGGCUUUUGGAGACUAUGUGAUUACCGACUUCAACAAUGAAUAAAAAGCAGCUAAGCCAUGCAGUGUUCAGACUACAUAAGAGUUAGUAUUAACGAUACGACACGAUUUUAUUGCGAUACUUGGGCCACGAUACGAUACCAUUGCGAUUUUUAACAUUUUUCAAUACAGUGAGUAUUUUUCAACUGUUGAGCUGGUCCAUCUUAUUUGUGCACUGCUUGCAUUUCUAAUAUCUUUCCCCAGGUGCUGCUACAUUUCUUGCAAUAACUUUCUCCUGCUUUAUAACAUCACCUCUGCCAACCUCGCUGGACAAACAGUUGAUUAUAUUUUUCCUGUAUCAGAGAUUUGACUUCAUUUUAACAAUUUAGUUGAAAAAAUCGAUACUUGGUCAAAGAGACAAUACAAUAUGUCACCAGACAAAAUAUCACAAUACUAUGCUGCAUUGAUUUUUUUUCUCCCACCCCUGGUAUUACAACGUACUUAAUCAAAGUUGCACAGGAUGGGAAAUCUGAACAGGAUUUUUGUAGGCAUCCCAUGUUAGAAAUGUAGUGUGCUCGAUUUCAGGUUCUUGGACAAAGUUUCAAUAACUGUUGUAUCCUUUUCUCUUUUUCAGAUACAGCAGAGGUUAUCCAGUCCCGGCUGAAUGAACAGGAGGGCAGAGAGGAGUUUUAUGUUCACUAUGUGGGCUGUGAGUACAACAUAAAUAUCACUGCUUCAUCUCAUGCAAGGGGUGUAACAAUAUCAUAUCACGAUGAUAGCACCUCAAUAGCAAGUCCAAGGUACGAUGUUUAUUGUCAUAGACUUGGAAAAAUAUCUUAAAGAAACUGUGAGAUAGGAUUCAACGUAAGUCCAGGGUUGAGCGAAAUAUUUUAUGAGCGAGGACAGACUGAAGUUCCUUGGUCAAAAUAUUACUGAAGUAAAGAUUAAGACUAAGUACUUGCUUUUAGAAAGACUUAAGUAUUUAAACUUUUUUUGAAAAAAUACUGAAAUUGCAGUUUAGUGAUGCUUGGAUGCACCUUUUCUGCAUUAUGCUUAUUUAGAAAACAUUAUCGUUAUUGUUUGGACUUGCAAAUGGCAGAUUGGUUUUUUAGCUUUCCAGCUCUAUACUAACACACAAUGAUGGGAUCAACCUAUCAUCCACAGAAUGAAAAUGGCAAAGCAACUCGAAGUACGGAAAGGUUGAUGAAAUUGGAAAAAGGUUAUCUGUAAUAAAAUACAUGUUAUUUUCCUGCCACAAAACUCUUUCCCAGAUUAUACUAGUGAUACUGUUACAUCCCUGUGUUACUAUCAUCAUACUAUUGUAGCUCCUCAAGCUACUGCCCUGUACAGUAUUGAUCUCUGUUUUUUUAUCCAUGCAGUCAACAGGCGUCUAGAUGAGUGGGUGGGUAAAGCUCGCCUGGCCCUCACUAAGACAGUGAAGGAUGCUGUGAGGAAGAGCACAGAGAUCGGAGGCGUGGGUGAUUUAGGUGAACAGCCUGAAAGGAAGAUCACUCGUAACCAGAAGCGGAAACAUGACGAGAUCAACCAUGUACAGAAGGUCAGAGACAUGUUUUAUUUGGUAACACAGUGCUGUAUUAAGUAGUCAGUACUUAUCUAAUGCUGUUUUAAUUUGCAGACAUACGCAGAGAUGGACCCAACAACAGCUGCAUUGGAGAAGGAGCAUGAGGCGGUAAGGUUGACUCUCUGAGUGUCUGUCAGUGUCUCUUUUAAAUGAUGUCUUUGUACAGAGAUCAUCCCUGAAUUUUUCUGGUGAAACAGGCUCUUUGUUGACUAUCGUGAUUGUUGUCUUACUCUCCUCAUUGUUUCUCUUUCAGAUCACUAAAGUCAAAUAUGUGGAUAAGAUCCAGAUAGGAAACUUUGAGAUUGAUGCCUGGUACUUCUCGCCGUUUCCUGAGGACUAUGGCAAGCAGCCAAAGCUGUGGAUCUGCGAGUACUGCCUUAAAUACAUGAAAUACGAGAAGACCUUCAGACAUCACCUGGUUAGUGCAUCUUACACUUGGCUCGUCAGUGUAGGCGAAAUUGAAAUUAUCACGCAGCAUCCUUUGAUUUGAAGUGCUGUGGAUUCACAUUUAGAAUAUUGUGCUAUUGAGAGUGAGAAUAUAUUUCCACAAGCCUAAAAUAAGUUGGAAAUAUCUUUGUUGAAGUCCACUUCUUGCUGCCUGCUGUAAUUUCACCUUUUGACCCUUUGUCUCCUCAGUCUCACUGUCAGUGGAAGCAACCUCCUGGCAAAGAAAUCUACAGAAGAAGCAACAUAUCAGUGUAUGAAGUAGAUGGGCGGGACCAUAAGGUGAGGUUACUUUGAAAGUGCUGGAAGCAACAGUUGUACCAUUUUGAUGUAGAUUUCUCUGCUUCUGUUUUACUCUUUGUGCUUAAACUGGAAAUAAAACAGAAAUCCCAACUGAGCUACAGUAAAGCAGAUCAUCUGAUUAUAUUCUGGUUCUCUGUUUGCAGAUCUAUUGUCAGAACCUUUGUCUACUAGCAAAACUAUUCCUCGAUCACAAGACGCUUUAUUUUGACGUGGAGCCUUUUAUCUUCUAUAUCCUGACCGAAGUCAACAAGCAGGGGGCGCACAUCGUCGGCUACUUCUCCAAAGUAAGGCCAGCCUGAAAAUAUUUGUGUCAAAUUUAUCUUGAAUUCCCUGCUGUGAGUUUUCUCAAGAGUCCUGAGAAAACAUGGGAAGGUUAAGUUUACUAUGUGUCUUGACAAAACUCUUAGGGGUAAUUAAAAUAAAUGUAGCAGAUCAUGUGUAACAUCACAGCUUGUACGUGCCAUGGUUGAGCCUCAGACUGAUUUAACUCCUGAUUUUAGGGUUACCUCCCUUGAGUUCAAAUUUUGUAAGCUUGUUUAGGAGGUAAUUUUCAAAACUUAAUUUUGUACAGUUAUGUAUUUCAUUAAAGAUUUAAAAACUCCGAUGGGUACCCCUUAUCAAACAUUUCAUUUGUAAGCGUUUUUCUAUUAUGUUGUGACAAAAUCUUUUGACUUUGGAAAGUAAAAUCUUCUAAAACUGCUGUAAUAAAAGCUUGAAUUGCAUUCAGAGUGUGAGUAAUCUCAAACUGGACUAUUUAGAACCUUUUGACUAAACUUUUCUCUUUUUGUUCUUUAGGAGAAAGAGUCUCCAGAUGGGAAUAACGUGGCCUGUAUUCUCACACUACCACCUUACCAACGCAGAGGCUAUGGAAAGUUCCUCAUAGCUUUUAGUAAGUGAGAGACUGGCAUCCAAUGAGAACUUUAUUCAACAUGAAUUUCUGUGUCUGUGUUGCUUAGAAUAAUUUUCAUCAUGUCCUUAUAAUCAUAUAUGAUGAAAGAUUAUCUGGGAUUCGGCCUGAACUUACUUGUCUUCGUGAAAAAUAAUCAGGACCAAAAGUGGCCCAUUUGACAGAGCAGACCUCACCUCCUUCAAGCAGGAUGCAGGCAGACUUAUUUUAAGUUUAGCCGCCAUCAGUGCACCUCACAGUGUAAUUUUUUAAUUAAUUUAAUUAAGCAACACACAGUCUUCAAACAAUGUGUUUUGCAUAUAAAAAUGGGACAUAAAAAUCACUUUUUCUUUCUUGCGUGUGCAGGCUAUGAAUUGUCAAAGUUGGAAGGUGCAGUGGGCUCCCCGGAGAAGCCUCUUUCAGAUCUGGGGAAGCUGAGCUACAGGAGUUACUGGUCUUGGGUCCUGCUAGAGAUCUUGAGGGACUUCAGAGGAACAUUGUCGAUCAAAGACCUUAGGUAUGAUCACACAUACACCAUCAGACACUCCCCCUCUUCUCUGUGGUUUGUUCAGACUGUUGUAACUCACCGUCAUGAUGUUGAUUUCUCUCUCUUUGCUUUUUAUUCCUCCAGCCAGAUGACCAGCAUCACACAGAGUGACAUCAUCAGCACGUUGCAGUCGCUGAACAUGGUGAAGUACUGGAAAGGUCAGCAUGUUAUCUGUGUCACACCCAAACUGGUCGAGGAGCACCUAAAGAGCGCCCAGUACAAGAAACCCCCUAUUACAGGUAAGCUCAGACUCAUUUCUCUCUGACUCUAUUAACUCUAUAAUGUGUAAUUUUGUGUCAUUUCCAAAAGUUUUUCUCUGAGUCCAUCUAAAAGCUGCUUUCUUGCACUCAUGGUUCGUCUCUCCUCCUUUACAGUGGACACUAUGUGUUUGAAGUGGGCGCCCCCUAAAAAUAAACAAGCCAAGCUGUCCAAGAAGUGAAGAGAGGAGUCGCCUGUCCAUCAUUCCAUGUGUUUUAUGACUUCUUCAUCUUUGUCUGGCCAUACUCUGCUGUAAUGAAAACAAUGUAUAUAACUUAGUAGCAUCUGUCAGUAUUUUCUUAAAUAUAUAUAAAAACAAAUCUCAGACCUGU